GGGCGGCGGGCGGCCCGGCUGCUGACCUCGCGUUCGGCGGCUCGGGCCGCGGCGUCCUGCGGCCCGAGCCACCUCGGGGCCGGGGGAGAACCUGCGGGGCCGUCCGGCGCACUGCCUCGUCACCCGGAGUUAGGCGAACUCCCGGCAGGCCCCACGCCGCGUGUCUGGCCGUUCACCCAUGUUUCUCUAAAAUUGAAAUCUUUCUCUGUAUAGGUGUGAAGAAAAAAAAAAAACAAAACAAAACGAUGACAAUCCAAUGGGCGGCCGUUGCCAGCUUUCUUUAUGCUGAAAUAGGACUCAUUUUAAUCUUCUGCCUGCCCUUUAUUCCUCCUCAGAGAUGGCAGAAGAUUUUUUCAUUUAGUGUCUGGGGUAAGAUUGCAAGUUUUUGGAACAAAGCUUUUCUUACCAUUAUAAUACUAUUGAUCAUUCUGUUUCUAGAUGCCGUGAGAGAAGUAAGAAAGUAUUCGUCCACAAAUGUUGUAGAGAAAAACUCAGCCAUCAGACCGAGUGCCUUUGAGCACACACAGAUGAAGCUCUUCAGGUCUCAAAGAAAUCUUUAUAUUUCUGGAUUCUCAUUAUUUUUUUGGCUAGUGUUGAGACGUCUGGUUACGCUUAUUACUCAGCUGGCAAAAGAAAUAGCAAACAAAGGAGUGCUUAAAAUUCAAGCAGAAAAUACCAAUAAGGCUGCCAAGAAAUUCAUGGAAGAGAAUGAAAAACUAAAAUUGGUGCUAAAAAAUGACAAUGCUGAAGAACACAUUUUGGAAGCUGAAAAUAAAAAACUAAUAGAAAGCAAGGAAAACCUGAAAACGGAGCUGAAGAAGGCUUCCGAUGCCCUUUUUAAGGCCCAAAAUGAUGUAAUGACUAUGAAGAUUCAGUCAGAGAGACUUUCUAAAGAGUAUGAUCGACUCCUGAAAGAACACUCAGAACUUCAGAACCGUUUAGAAAAAGAGAAGAAGAAAGGCCUGUGAACUAACUUUAUAAAAGAAGACUGUAAUACACCUUGUCAAAGUUCAGUUGAAAACAAAGAAAGCUGUGCUAGCGCCUGCAGACCCACAUAGGCUAUACAGUAGUGACAUUUCCAAAGUAUUUGAUAAUGUUUCAGAUUUCAGAUAUAAAGUAUGGAUUUCAGCUCUUUUGAAAAAUAUAAGCAUGUUAAAUACCAUAUUUACAUAUUGCUAAUAGCAUUGAUAUAUGGUGGCUCUUUACCCAUAAAAGGAAAUUUUCAUUUGCUGGCAUUUACUUCCCAAAUUAGAUCUGAAGUUGCAUGAAACCAUUAUUAGCUUUGAAAGCUUUGAUGUGUUUUUAGUAAUAAUCAGAUGAUGGUAGUGGUAAAAAUGAUGUGUUUGAAAAGAGAACUCAGUAUCAGAAAAUGUUUUCACAGGGAAAUAAGGAUAAAUAACCACAGUUAGCCACUGUGCUUAUAGAGAAGUCAGAGAACAGCGAAAACUACGGCCUUAGGGCUUUUUAAGCCUAAUGAUUGUACAAUCCACUCUAAAUAUGACAGCACUGUUGAUAGUGUGUGGUGUUACUGUGCUUCUGUGCCUAUAAGACUAUUGAUCAUUUGUUUAGUCAUAUAUGAUCAGUAGUCUGUCUUUUCAAGGUCAUCUGCUAAUAGAAUGUAUGCCCAUUUGCAAAACUGUCAUACCACUGAAUUGAGCUUAUGUUGCACUGUGGAUUUCUCCACUGACAAAGCUUAUUUACGACAUCCUAAAAGCAGUGUUUUUUCUAUUUGUGAAAGUUACUGAUUGUACUGGUAUUACCUCAGUAUUCAUGCACUGGUAUCAUACAGAUCUCUCUACUAUGUUUCUAUAUUCUCAAAGUUAAAUACAGGUUUUCAUGCAAAUAUUCAUGUAGAAGUAGUGAGUGUAAUAAUAUGAUUUAGGUUAUUUCAGUGUUUAACUGUGAAAAGCCACUUGUCUUAAAAUGCUUAAAUAUAAAAGAAAAUGCAAAAUAA